AUGGCCGGAAACGCUACAGAUACGUCUACGCUCGAGGGCUCUUUUGAUGCGCUGGACUCUACCUCAGCAAAUGGAGAGAGUUGGUUGUCUGCCUUUUCCUAUCUUCAAAACCAAAGCUUUCUUCUGCUUGAGAUUAGACUCGCUCUCAGCGCCAUCGGCAUCAUCUAUCUUGGAGCCCACGCCGCUCUUCGUCGACCUCCUUCCGCGGCGCCCGUGAAGAAGAACAAGCCAGGUGAUGAGGAUGAGGCCGAUGAACGAUUCGCGCAGGGACUGGAGCCCUCUGAUGCUAUCAUCUUUCCACUCAUGGCUGGUUGUGUUCUUAUUGGCUUGUACUACCUCAUCCAAUGGCUUCAGGAUCCCGACAUUCUCAACAAAAUCCUGAGAUGGUAUAUGUCUACCAUGUCGGUGGCCAGCUUGGUGUCUAUCUAUUCCCAUGGGAUCGAAGUGGCUACAAGUUUGGUCUUUCCACGAUAUUGGCGAGGACGAGAUGGCCGUUUGAGAGCUGUGAGCCAGAAGGACAGAUCGGUCCGGGUCUGUGAUGACGCAGGUAACCCAGCUUCAGAAGCUCCCGUGACAGCAAAUCCUUUUCCUGGAACUUUUGCCUGUUUGGCAUUUUCGGACAAGAUUCGCAAGUCAGGAUGGGAGUUGCGAGGUCUUCUCACUCGACACUGGGCAGUCAAGCUUUUUAUUCAUGGCAUGGGCAAGGAGGAAGGCAGAAUCAAGUUUGCUCAUGUCGUGUCCUUGUUUAUGGCUUUGGCUACUGCGCUUAUCUACUCGUCUACUACAUCGCCUCUGUUGGCCAACACACUUGGCUAUGCCAUGUGUUACGGUUCGCUGCUCCUUAUCUCCCCAACCGACUUCUUUACUAGCACUCUUAUACUUGUCGGUUUGUUCUUUUACGACAUCAUCAUGGUGUUUUACACCCCCUAUAUGGUCACGGUCGCAACAAAGCUGGAUGUGCCCAUCAAGCUCACUUUCCAGGCCGCGGAUCGCAGAAGCAUUCUUGGUUUGGGUGACAUUGUUAUUCCAGGCAUGGUCAUGGGUCUAGCCCUUCGAUUUGACCUCUGGCUCCACUACGAGAAGAAGAUCAAGUACGAGAGUACCGAUCUGAAGCUGAUUGAAAAAGACUUAUCCUCGGGAGCUCUCGUCACUAGAAGCGAGACCAAGUACAAGGAGGUCAAGGCCAAGUACGUUAACGUCAAGGGUAACUGGGGAGACAACCUUUGGACUCGCGGGGCUUUCUUCAUCUCCGGGGCUAGGCAGGUGCCUCAAGACCUAGCGGCUACACGCUUCCGCAAAACCUAUUUCUAUGCUUCAGUCACUGGCUAUCUCUUUGGAAUGUGCGUCACUUUGGCCAUGCUUUUGAUAUUUAAACGUGGCCAGCCUGCGCUUCUAUACCUCGUCCCCGGCGUGCUAGGUUCGCUAUGGUUGACGGGUCUGGUUCGUGGAGAAAUCAAACUGAUGUGGAAAUACACCGAAGAUGGAAGCCUCGAUGUUAACGAUGUAGUCGUUGACCUGGAUGGCGACGGCAAUGCCGUUAAGAGAAUCGGUAAACUUGAGGAUGGCGUUGUUGAUACGACCAAGGAUGACAAAAAAGGAAAGGACGAUGGCAAGACAAAGGACGAGAAGAAAAAGGAUGAGAAGAGGGGAGACGUCAAAGAUCAACAUCGGGUAUUCAUGCUCUCGGUUGAUGCUGAAGAAGAGGACCAUUAG